CGGUCAUCUUCUCGUACAUGAAAAAUUGAAAUUGAAACCCUCAAGCAGGUAACCUGGCAUCACACAUCAGCCUCAGGUCAGCACUCACUCGGUAUCGCUUCACCUUCACCUAAGCUCCUUCCCUACCUCUGCCUCUCCCCUCUCAAUUCUCUUCUCUGUCUCUGAUUCGAAAAUUCCCUCUUCCCUCUGCCGCCUUUCUUCUCUUGGUCUCUCCUCUUUCUCCGACGACCACCGCUGCUACCCUCACCCUAGCCCUCCACUGUUGCCCUGUUCUUCGUCCUUCGAGUUCCUCCUCUGUUUCUGUACUUUUUCACCUUGUUGGGUACCUCAAGUUCAAUGGGUCCUCGAUUGUGUCAGGUUUGCGAUGAAGCUCAAUCAAAGUACAAGUGCCCUUCAUGCUAUACACCCUACUGCUCUCUGGCCUGUUUUAAGAAGCACAAAGAAAUUCCGUGUGUCAAGCCACCACCUUCCGAUCUAAAAAGGACUGCCAUUCCAGAAUCGCAUGUACAAAAGCCAAUACUUGUUGAUGAACCCAGCGAGGUGCUGCAAAAAUCCCAACUAGAUGCCAUAGCUUGUUCCAGUAAGAUUCGCAGUGCUUUGAAUGAUAAGGCCCUUCAAGAACUAAUUUGCAGUAUUGAUUGUUCCCCCGAUGCAGAGAAUGCACUUGAUAAAGCCAUGGCAGAGGAACCGAUUCGAUUGUUUGCGGAAGAGAUUUUGUCAAUAAUCAAUCCAUAAGUGCGGGCAACUGUUUCUGGUGGAGGAAUAGGUCGUAGAAAGUUUACGUAUGCAAGAAGUUCCAGACUUCUAGAUGAUGAGAUGAGAUCCUUCAGAUCAUGCCAGCUGUUACCUAAUAUUUGUUUUUUAUGAUCUAUACGGCAUCCCGUGACUUAGCUUUUGAUCAUAUUUAAUUUAUCAAUUUUAUUUUGUAUGGUCGCACAAAAUUAGUUCAGAGUUUGUGUGUCAGUAACAAGAGUGUAGAUAGAAAAUAGAAUCCCCAAAUUUCCAUGUGUUUACUUUUGCAGUUUUGCUUGACUCUUGAAACGAAGCUUCACUCAAGUUCACGUUCUAACUUGAAGACGAGUUCUGAUAUUUGUCAUAA